UUAGAUCUUUUGUAGCAUACUAUCAUCUUGCUUGUGGGUUUGACAAAUAUAUUUGCCUAUGGCAAAGUGCAGACGGCUGGGUAAAUGUUGAUGUCAUUGGUGGUUCAAUAGAUGUUUCAAUUCCAAAAGGAAAGGUUCUUAUAUAUGAUUCAUUACAAUCCUUUUAUGACAUGGCUGUUUUAACAUCUCCGAUCAUUAACAACACUGAGGGCUCCUACUGUUUCCUUAUGCAAUACCGAGCGCUUGGAGACAUAUUGCUUAAUAUAUUUCUCACGAUUGGUGAUAAUUUCGUAGAAUUAUGGAAUGAUCCUAUUAAGGACCUGACAUGGCAGAUUCUACGAGUGGAUUUAGAAAAAGUAUCAGGGAAUUUCCAACUAUUCCUAACAGCUAGCGACCCUCAGCGUCAGAAUAUUCCAGAAGGUAUUAUUCCUCCACGUCAGAAUGUGUCAGUCAGUAUUGAUUACACAGAUCUACGAUCUGGUCCCUGCAAUCCCUCCAUGAUUGUGGAAGAAGUCCCGGAUGUUAUUGAAAAUGGACCCAUACCUGUACCAGAUGUAAACAAUGACCGUUUCGAAUUCUUGGAUUUUCGACGUCAUGUAUGCGGAUUUGACGUGUCCACUUGUUUAUGGAAAAGAUCUGGCUGGGAUAUUUCAAAUAAAUCUUUUAAUACACAAGAUGCUUUGGUUCCAAAAGGAAGCUUUUUAAAAUAUGACUCCUACUCCUCAAAUUUUGAACCGGUUGUUUUAAAUUCUCCUAUCAUAAACAACACGGAAGGCUCCUAUUGUUUCAUAAUGCAAUACCAGAUGAUUGGAAAUGGAGAUUUUUAUAUCCUUCUUGAGGACGGUCUUUACAGACCUCUCAUAUGGAGAGGCCGUUUCAAGAAUCUGGAAUGGCACAUCCUCCGGUUAGACUUAGAAGCUGCCUCAGACUUCAGGUUGACCCUCGCAGUAGGCGAUGACAAGCGGCAAAGUAUAUCAGUGCGUAUUGAUUACACAGAUCUUCGAUCUGGACAGUGCGAUCCUUCCAUGAUUGUAGAAGAAAUCCCGAAUGUUUUCGCUGAACCUAGCUGAGGAAGUGGACGUGUGUAACACAAUUAAUUUGAUUGGAUUUUAUGCAUUUUUUAACAAAAAGGAGAUACUAUAUAUUGCGUGUUUCUAUAUUACAUUACAUAUACUGUGACAAAUCUUCACGAAAAAGCUGAGUCAAAGAAUCAAUGUUAACAUUUAGCCUUGAUCUUAUUUAAAUGAAUAAUUCUGCAAUGGUUAAUAAGACUGUAGCACAGACUAUCUUUAAUUUGUUAUCUUAAUCCUAACUUGUUUAAAAUUCCAAAAUUUAAUUUAACUUUAUCUCGAAAUAAAAAUUAAGUGUUUGCAAAGUACGCAUAAUCAUUAUUUCUGUAAUUCAAAAUUAUUAACAACAGCUGCCUGUAUACCCAUUUUUAAAUUUCAAUUCAUAAAGACAUUUAGUACUAACCUUUUUCGUGUAUGGAGCGAAAGUAGAAAGUAAUAAUGUUAUUUAAUGGUAAACAAAAGAUGUGCCACAUAUAUGUAAAA